AAAUUUUUUUUUUUAUUUUUUCUUGCUAUUACUAUAGUUUAUUACAUAUAAAUAGAUUUUUUUUAUAAUAAUUAAUUAUGGUCUAACCUAUCUGGUUUCUAUAACUUUUAUAAUUUUAAAGUAACAUGAUUUUUGCCAUUAAAACACCAGAUCAAAUUUAGAGACAUUAUUUUUUUUUAUCAAAUAACUGUUAUUAGGUACUGUUAUGCUGGGUCUUAGUAAAAUAAAAAGCCGUGUUUAUCGCUUAUGGAAUACUACACAAACAGCAUUUCUAAAAACACCGGUGAUAAUUUAUCCCAACUACAAUUAUUAUAAACAUUUUCAGAAUUCAACUGCGAAUAUAUCCUCAAAAAGUAUGGAAAAAAUCAAAAACCGUUUGGCUCUGGAAAGAUCGCCAUACCUAUUACAACAUGCUGAAAAUCCUGUGCAAUGGUAUCCAUGGGGUGAUGAAGCAUUUGAAAAAGCACGAUCAGAGAAAAAACUUAUUUUUCUAUCGGUUGGUUAUUCCACUUGUCAUUGGUGUCAUGUAAUGGAGCACGAGUCAUUUGAAAACCAAGACGUCGCAGCGGUCAUGAAUGAACAUUAUGUGAACAUUAAAGUGGAUCGAGAAGAACGACCCGAUGUAGAUCAGUUGUACAUGACUUUUGUUCAGGCGGCUUCUGGUCAAGGAGGAUGGCCAAUGAGCGUAUUUUUAACACCUGAUUUGAAACCAAUUGGUGGUGGAACUUACUAUCCACCUGAAGAUGCAUAUGGGCGUCCUGGAUUUAAAACUAUUCUUUUACACAUGGCUAAAAGGUGGAAAAAUGAUUCAAACUCUAUGUUGGAAAAUAGUUCAAAACUGAUGAAAAUACUUAAUAAUACUACAGCUUUUGAUAUACAACUUGGGACUGAACUUUCUCAUAUAAUGAAACCUAACCCUAAAACAUGGAUAACAUGUUACUCACAAAUUCAGAGAAUUUAUGAUGAUGAGUGGGGUGGUUUUGGUAUGCCACCUAAAUUCCCUCAGCCGUCAAUAUUAGAUUUUCUGUUUCAUGUUUCUCACAAAAUGUCAAAAUCAUCUGAGGGAAAAAACAGCUUGGAAAUGGCAUUGACAACAUUGCAAAAAAUGGCUAUGGGUGGUAUACAUGAUCACAUUGGUCAAGGUUUUGCUAGAUAUUCUACAGAUGAAAAAUGGCAUGUACCACAUUUUGAAAAAAUGUUGUAUGAUCAAGCACAAUUAGCUGUGUCUUAUACCACUGCUUUCCAAAUCACCAAACAUGAACAGUAUUCAGAUGUUGUUCAUGACAUCUUGCAAUAUGUCAACAGAGAUUUAAGUCAUGAGCAAGGUGGAUUUUAUAGUGCUGAAGAUGCAGAUUCACUACCUACAGCUGAUUCUACUAAAAAACGUGAAGGUGCUUUUUGUACUUGGACACAGGAAGAAGUAAAAACACUCUUAGACAAACCUCUUGAUUCAAAACCUGAUGUUAACCUUUCUGAACUAUUUUGUUGGCAUUUUAGUGUUUUACCUAAUGGUAAUGUUCGACCAGAUUCAGAUCCUCAUGGAGAGUUAUUGGAUCAAAAUGUGUUGAUAGAGUUUAGAAGCAAAGAAAAUACUGCCAAAAAGUUUCAAAUAACUGUAGAAAAUGUAGAAAAAGAACUAAGAAUUGCAAAGAACAUAUUAUUUGAAGCACGUAAAAAAAGACCACGCCCACAUUUAGACAAUAAAAUAAUAACUUCAUGGAACGGACUAAUGAUAACAGCAUACGCAAGAGCAGCAUCAGCAUUAAAUGUGGAGGGAUAUAAACAAAGAGCUAUUAAAGCUGCCGAAUUUCUUGAAACAUAUGCGUGGAACUCUAAUAUUAAUUUAUUAUUGCGAUCAUGUUAUGUAAAUGAUAAUGGAGAUAUCGCUAACAUAGAAAAACCCAUUUCGGGUUUCCUCAACGAUUAUGCUUUUCUCAUACGCGGCCUUCUAGAUUUGUAUGAAUGUACACUACAGUCUAAAUGGUUAAAAUGGGCUGAUGAAUUGCAAGCACAACAAGAUGAAUUAUUUUGGGAUAAGGAGAAAUUUGGAUACUAUUCUUCAUCUGAUAAAGAUCCUAGUAUCAUUUUGAGAUUCAAGAGUGAUCAUGAUGGAGCUGAACCUUCUGGUAAUUCAAUAUCGGCAUUAAAUCUAUUAAGACUAUCAGUAUUGACUGAAAAGUCUGAAUACCGUUUAAAAAUUGAUCCUUUGUUUUUGACAUUUGCUGGCCGUUUGUCUAACAAUUCAAGUGCUUUACCAGCAUUAGUGUCUGCCCUCACUCUACAUUGUGAUUCAAUCACUUCUGUAUACGUUACUGGUGAUUUAGACAAUCCUGAUCUAGAAGCAUUAUUGUCUGCAGUUAGACAACGCUAUGUGCCUAAUCUUGUAUUAGCUCAUGCUGAUGAAAACUCUUUAUCAGAACUAGCAAAAGGUUUAGCAAUUGCAGAAAAUGGAAAAGUAGCUGCAUAUGUAUGCAAGAAUAAUACAUGUAAUUUACCAGUACAUAGCGUAGAAGAGUUAAUUGCCUUAUUAGAUGGAACAGUGGAAAGCCCACUAGCGUAGUUUCUUUGUGUAAAUAUAUUAUUGAUUUUGUAACAUUUUAAAUUUAUUUAUUUAUUAUUUAAUAUUAUGUAUUAAUAUAUAUUAUAUUUAAUGUUCCAAUUAUAUUUUUUUAACUUUUA